AUGUUUCCAACAUUUCGAGAGCAGCAAGUAGAGUCCAGACUUCAGCAGCAGUUGAGGGUGGUGGUGUGGUUCCGCCCAUUUGACGACCCACCCAUCAGGGCGCCCGGACCAACCAACUGGCCGGCAGGAGCCAGGGAAGGGUCACGGGCAUCUCCGUCUCUGGAGGGCCAUGCCCUGGCCGCUCUGGGCCCCCGGUCGCGCUCUCGCAGCUUCUCCAACCCCGCCGGCCCCGAAGCGUCGGGGCCGAGGUGCGCCAGGUGGCGAGGGUGCCAGGCGCGGCCAAAUCGCGACCGACUGAGUCAGCCGCCCAACUAUGCUGCGGAACCAGGGCGGCCGGCUUGGCUGCCCCCGCCGCUGAGUCCCGCUGCCCCCGCGCCGGGCGCCUCUCCCCGCCCCCGCCGGCCGGGAGGAAGCGCCGAGGCGCGGCGCGGGAGCACCUGGGCAGAGCGCGGGCGGCGGGCGCGGCGCUUCCGGAGCUGCGCGCCGGCUCGCGCUCCCCGCCUCCAGGUGCGGCGGCCGCGGCGCGCCGGCCCCACUGACAGCGCCGCCCGCGCGGCCGCCUCCCGGCAUCAGACGCGGUGCGGGCAAGCGGCGGGGACUGGGAAGGAGGAGGCCCCGCUCCUGGAACAGACGGGUGAGGAACGAUCGAGCUGGGCCAGGAGGGAACCCAGCGCCCAGGCUCCCCGUCUGCCUCUCCGCGCCUCCCCAGCUCUGCUGCCCGCGCUCAGGGCGAGUCCCGGGGGCCGCGGUGGGCCGGGUGGUGGGGCCGGGGCCAGGGCGGGGGUACUUCUCAGGCUGGGCCGGGGUUUUCCGGCAUCUUUCUGGGUAAAUUUCCAGAGCGCAAAGUGUUAGGCUCCGAUUUCUGCCCCUUGGAUUUCUCUCCCGCAUGUGGGCGUCUAAAAGGAAACCAGAAGCGGGCUUAAGGACAUAAAACAGUCACUGUGGAGAAAAUACAUUUUGAGAUAAGUAACAGGAGCAAAACCUCUACAGAAGUGCCCCCCUUCUGUGUGUUUAUUUCACUGUACUGCUUCUUGUAACUCUGCCCGUAAUGAAGCC